AUGACUGCUAAUGACAACACUCUUCAACGUGUCAGCAGAUAUGUACAAGAUGGUUGGCCUGAACAAUUGCCGAAAUCUGAAGGUAGUAUCAAACCGUACUUUAAUCGCAGAUUUUGCUUAUCAUUUCAGAAUGGAGUGUUACUUCUUCAGGCUGAAUAUACUAGAGUGGUGCUACCGAAAGCACUGCAAUCUCAAGUAUUAAAUUUGUUACACGAGGGUCAUUGGGGUAAAGGUCGUAUGAAACAGAUGGCAAGACGAUAUGUGUGGUUUUCUCUUAUUGAUAAAGCCAUAGAACGUAUUCAUGAUGAUUGUUCAUUUUGUCAACAAGGUGCAAGUCAACCAAAGCGAGAAUUUUCUGCAUGGCCAGAACCUAGUAGGCCGUGGGAAAGAGUUCAUUUGGAUUUCGCGGGUCCAUUCUUUAAACGUAUGUGGCUCAUAGUUGUGGAUGCAUAUUCAAAAUUUCCAUAUAUUGUGGAACUAUCAACAAUAACAGCUGUAACAACAGUUGGAGAGUGUUAG